AUGAUCUCUGGAACUUUCAAGGCAGCGAUACUCGCGGCAAUCGUUGACACUUCGGUCGCAGUCGAUGCUUCGGGCAGCUCCAUAUCACUUGGCCCAACAACUUCAACCAUCAUCAAAGCCGUGACAACAAUUAUCCCGGGCACAGCACUUCCCACACAAAACGGAGUGCGAUCUCGUCUAACGACCUUCGAAUCUUGGCCGGACAACUCUUGGUGUGGCGCCAAAAAGGGCAAGUCGUGUGUCCAGGCCUCACUUUUCGGAUCCUUUGGGCAACUCAGCGGCGACGCUUCUGCCGCUGUCACCGAUGCCGACACCGGUACAAAGCCCAGCUCGUUUGAGCACAAGUCUGGCCCCUUUAUGAGAGGCUAUGGGACCGGAACCGAGUGCAACGCCAACUGCAAUGCCGUCAUCACUCUUGAAAGCCCCGAUAAUGGUUUUAGUAAGACAAUUGCCACCGCUCAGAAGGCUACGAAUACUUUCAAGAAGAUCAACGUCCCUGCGAUGGUCGGAGAAAACCAAGAUGUACAUUCGGUUUCCCUCAUCUGCAUUGGAGACGGCAAUGAUCUAAUCUCGAUUUGGAUCGAAACCGUCUGA